AAAAAUUAUUUUUUAAUGAUUUCAAACUACAAGAUAUGGGUAAAACUGUUAAUAUAUUUCUUUGGGGCAUAUUGGCAGCGUCAGCAACUUGGAGCGUUUCGUUGUAUCUCUACUGGUUGCUCAGUGUAAGCGGUUCUAAUAAAAUACAAAAUGCAGAACACAGAAUACAAUAUCAUUUAGUAAACUCAGAAGAAAAAUAUAGAUUGAAAAAUAAUGAUAAGUCUAUAGUUGGUUUAGAAGGAAAGAACCUUUUGUAUGAUAACUUAAAAGCAAAUUCUAAAUAUUCAAGUAGGCUGUGGAAAAAUAAUAGAGAUCAUUCUGAGUACUUGAGAAAAAUGAUGCUUAAAGAGAAGUUUUCCCGGCAGUUUGGUCAGAAACCACUUAAAUUGGAUAAAAGUCUGGAAAAUCAAAAUGGGUUAAUUCGCAAUGCAGAAGAUGUAAGGAUUAGGGAAAAAGGGUACAACUUACAUGCGUUUAAUACACUCAUCUCUCAGAGAAUUGGAAAUCAUAGACAGUUACCUGAUACAAGACAUAAACUGUGUAAAUCCAUGCAAUAUCCAGAGAGGCUUCCUAAGGCAUCAAUAAUAAUUUGCUUUUACAAUGAACAUUUUGAGACUCUCAUGAGGUCCAUACAUUCAAUAUUAGAUCGUACAGAACAAAGAUACUUAAAAGAGAUUGUAUUGAUUGAUGACUUUAGUGACAUUGAAAAUUUACAUACCAAUAUUCAAGAAGCAGUUGAUAAGUUGAAUAAUAGAAUGAGAAAAGAGGAAGAAAUGAUUGAGACUAACAAUAUAGACGGUGAAAAUAUUGUUGAUUAUAUUAAUGAUGAUAAUGGUGAGUUAAAAAAGACCACAGACCGUCAAGCAGCAAAAUUGUCUAAGAGUGGCUUAAAUAUUAGGCUAUUGAAAACUAGUAAGAGAGAAGGAUUGAUACGAGCAAGGUUGUAUGGAGCAGAUAAUAGUGUAGGAGAGGUACUUAUAUUCCUGGAUUCCCACAUUGAGGUGAAUGAGAAUUGGCUACCUCCAUUGCUGUCACAUAUAUCCCAAGGUGUGAACGGAGUUGAGACACGCUAUUCAUCAAAUGUUGUAGCUCCAAUGAUAGAUGUUAUUAAUGCAGACACAUUUGAUUAUACUGCAAGUCCAUUAGUUCGUGGUGGUUUUAAUUGGGGUCUGCACUAUAAAUGGGACAAUGUACCUAAAAGUAUCCUUAAAGAUGAUGCAGAUUUUGUAAAACCAAUUAAGUCGCCGACUAUAGCCGGUGGUCUCUUCGCUAUAUAUAGAGAAUAUUUCAAUAAAAUUGGCAAAUAUGAUUCUGGAAUGAACCUAUGGGGUGGUGAAAAUCUAGAAAUCUCGUUUAGGAUAUGGAUGUGUGGUGGGAAAUUGGAAUUAAUACCUUGCAGUCGUGUGGGUCACGUGUUCAGGAAACGUAGGCCGUAUGGCCUUGGUGAUAAAGAGGACUUUAUGCUACAUAAUUCUAUGCGAAUGGCGCGUGUUUGGAUGGAUGAAUACGUUAAUAAAGUGAUCGAACACAACCCGGCAGCUGCUCACGUCUCCAUAGGUGAUAUUUCUGAACGUCAAAAACUUCGCCAGGAACUAAAUUGCAAGUCCUUUAAGUGGUAUCUUGAGAAUGUUUACCCAGAACUGGAGGGUGGGGAAAAUUCAAUAGCUAAGAAAAGGAUUCAAGCCCUUAAUGAUCCAGACAAGAACAAAUUUCAGCCGUGGCAUUCUAGAAAAAGGAAUUACACUGAUUCUUAUCAAAUAAGAUUGAAGAACACGAGCCUUUGUAUACAAAGCGCGAAAGACAUCAAGACUAAAGGUAGUGGGCUCGUACUAGUGAACUGUAUUAGGAGUCAUAAUCAGGUUUGGUUCGAAACGGAUCGAAGUGAACUAGUAUUAGCACGUACACUGUGUCUCGAUGCUGUUAAUAAUGUAUCACCAUUACUUGGAAAGUGCCAUGAGCUGGGAAGUACACAGGAGUGGAAGCACAAGGGCUCGGCUGGCAGCCCAAUUUAUAACGCAGCAGCUGGAAUGUGUUUGGGAGUCGAUCGCGCCUACCGGAAUGAACCUAUUUUGAUGGUGAUUUGCAACAACGAAUCGAAAAAUCAAUGGGAUUUUAUUAGAUCGUAAACUAUGAUACUUUUAGCGGUAGAAAUAGUGAUAAUUUACAUUUAUCAAUAUUCAGAUUCUGUUGUAUUGUGACUUUUCUACUGUAAUAUACGAAUCUCAUGUGAAUCUCAAAUGAAGUAUUUAAGUUUUGGGUCUAGACUUCAUUUAUAUAAUAUAGUUAUUAUUUUUAUAUAUAUUUUAAAGAAAACUGUGAAAUUUUUAUAUUAACUAUUGUGUUAAUUUUACAACGAAUUAACAGUUAAGGGAUGCUAAUUAGUCAUGGAUAAAAUAUGGUAAAAUACCUUUUUUAAAGACUUUUUAAUAAUACACUUAAAUUGUAUAUUGAUUUGUUUGAAAAUUAUAAGGCCUACAUCAGUGUGCGACUGUCAUCCCUGCGCUCGUAGGUUCAGUCAUGGCCGUGCUCUACUGGAAUUUCUGUAUAUGUGCUGUUCCUCGUACGGCGAAGGAAAACAUUGAAACCGGCUUGUCUCAAAUCCAAAAAUCGGCAGAUAACCGACUUCUGUAUGAAAUAAUGAUCAAAGAAACCGAUGUAACCUGAGGCCAUAUAGCGAUCUCGUGCUACUGGAUUAUUAUUAAUCCGUUAUUCCAGAAAUUCUAUGCUAUGCUAUCGCCUCUAAGUGUUAAAUGGAUGUUGAUUUAUUUCACAAUUUAAAGGGAAAUACCAAUAUGACACGCUUCCGGAGAUCAGUGUCUCGCUAAAUACUCAAUUGCGGUCCAGAUAGAUUAAUUGCUUUAAAACAAUCGAUUAAAAAACUUUUCUUAAACCAAUUUUUUGGCGAUCCUUUAACUUUUAUUUAAAUUUAAAAGCGAAACUGUUUCAACUUCAUAUUUCACCUUAAACAUAAUUUUACAGAAGUGCUUUAAUUAAAUUAGGGUUAUAAAUUAAUUAUCAUGUCAUAAAAUAUUUCUAUUGUACGAAAAUAGUACUAUAGACAUAUGCAUUACCAGCGAAAUUUCAUAAUCUAAUCGAAAUUAAAUGGAAGUCAAACUUCUGUGAAGGCCCUUCCAAUAAUAUAUACAUAUAUAGCUUUACAUCAUACGAAUAAUACUGUAUUUAAUUAUUCCGUAUGCUCUCACUCCAUUGUUAUUCGAGGUAUUUUUUUAAAGGCAAAAGAUUUUCGGUUAUAUGCGAAAUAAAGGGAUAAUAAAAAUAACAAAUUGAAGAAUAUUCUCAGUGAUUUUUUAUAUGGCAAUAGCUUUAGCUUUUUGCCAGUUUUUCUCAGUGAUUCUAAUUGAACAUAACAAGUUGUCUAACAACAGUUGCAUGUGGAGUGAGCUCUAGGCGUUAUCUGUCUACUUGAAAUAACGAGUCUGCAUGUCGCGACGUACUUCAAGACAUGUCGAAACCCUCCACGCCAGAAUGUAUUCCGAAAUACUUUUUAUAUUUGUAAUUAUAAAAUAAAUUGCUGUGCUCUGGGCUCUAUAGUAUUUCGUUAAUGGUCUUUUAAAUACGAUUUUUUUUGUAAAAUAUUUGGUAUGGCAGUCUUUUUUGUAGAUUAGUUGUCUUCUAUAAACCUGUGCUGUCAUCGUGAUCUGUUGUCAAUGGUUACGCAUUUUGGAUAUGGGGAUUUUUAUUACACCUUGGUUUACAUUAUCGAAGUUAUUCAGAUCACUAACAGUUUUGAAAAAAAUCUAUAGCUCGUGUUCAUCGGUCAUAAUUAUGCAUUGUAAUGAUGAAGAAUUUUAUCAAAUCUGUCCCGUAGUUUUAGAGUAAACAAACAAAACAUUUCUCUUUAUAGUAGUGUUUUGCCAAAGCCAAAAUGCUAAUAUUUCUAAGGUAACGUUUAAACCCCCGCUAUAUAAUUUUUGAUUAUUCGUAAACAUUCUUAAUUCACGCUAGUACGGCGAGAACGACAUUGUGUGGUAAAACUAUAAAACCUAAAAAUGUACUUGUGACAACAUUUAUACCGAAAAUCAAUGAAACUUGGAUCUCGUAUGCAUCACAUUGUUCCGGUGCGCUUGAAUUCGUGUACGUAACUUUAGAAAAUAGUCCUGAAAUAAUUGAUGAAUAGUCAAGUAUUAACUAUGAAUUUUAUCCUGGUUAUAUUGUAAAAUUAUGUAUUUUUUUAUUUACGCGAAAAAUUUGUAAUUUAUUUGUAAAUUUUAAUUCGGUAAAAUCCUUCUGAUAAUGAUCUUGAAUUUACGUGAUAGUUGUGAUUAUUUAGAUUUAAUUAUAUUAGUUUUAAUAAAUUUAAUGUAUGUAGAUGUAAAAUGUUAAGAAUCUUACAUACUGCAUUAUGUUGAUUAAGGAAUCUCAAAAAUUAAUUAUGAAUUGUCUGACUAUAAAGUCAACAUGUUUUAUUGUUUCUAACAUCUUACUAUUUCUAUAUGUAUUUUGAUUUUAUUUUAUUUAGGCUCAAUCAUCACACACGUUAAAAUAAAGACAAUUAAACACUUAUGAAAUAUAACAUAUCAAUUAUUAAAAGACCAGAAACGCUCGAGCCCUCUGGCAUUAGUGCUAUGGGCGGCGGUAUCACUCAACAUCAGGUGUGACUGUACUGUGCCCCCCCUGUUAUAUAAAAAAAAUAUCACUAAUUAUUGUACUUUUUAUUGAGUACUGCAUUUUUGACAAAGAGAUAUGUUAAUUAAAAAGCAUCUGGAAUUAGAAAGUCCUCUGCGCUUUUUAAUAUGAUUAUUUUAUUUUUUAAUCCAAGGUUGUU